GUCCCAGUACGGUCCAGAGAGGAGGAGCUGCAGCGGGAGGUCCCAGUGUGGUCCAGAGAGGAGGAGCUGAAGCGGGUGGUCCCAGUGAAGAGGUUGCAUUUGGGCCUGGCAGGUCUAUUACUGAACCAACACCGGACUGGAUGCUCACUGAGUGCCCCCAACGAGCAGCAGUGCUUUUCAAAAGGAGUUUAUUGGCAAAGGAGGUUGACAGCGAACCGCUCAAGUUUAGCCUGGAUCUCAGACAGAGUGUUGAGGACAGAGAGAGGGCCAUAAUCUGCUUUUACAAGGCCAACACCACAAACUGGGCUAGACCUCUUCGGUGCUGGUUGGAAGGGGAUGCUGCCGUUGGUGAAGGUGUGAACCGUCAUGUCCUAAACCUAACUGUUCACACUCUCCAAACUGGCUUCCAUGUGAACUAUGGUAACGGAGAUGUAACCAUACUUUUUGAAGGGCAGCAGGACCACUUAGUGCCCUGUGCUUCUCAACUUCUUCUGGAUAGUGACCUCUUCCUCAUGGCUGGGAGGAUUCUGGGACAUUCCGUCCUUCAUGGAGGCCCUGUGCUGGUCGGACUAUGUCCAGCCGUGGUGUGCGUGCUCUUGGGAGACAAGCCAGACGCUACUACCAUCACCCUGGAUGAUGUUCCUGAUAUGGACUUGCGGAAGAUUAUUGCAUCUCUGGAGGGUCAAGCAGAUCUAAGCGAAGAAGAACAGAGCGCUGUAAAGCAGUUGGCGGAGAGCUGGGAGAUAGGGAGACAGUUCCUCACAGAGCAGACCCGCCACUGGCUGUUCCACCGCCUUCUACAACAUGCGGUCCUUGGUAGAGCUGCACAACAGAUAGUACAGUUAAGAAAAGGCAUCAAACAGACUGGAGUGUGGCCUUUGCUAUCCACCAAAAAAGCAACAGACAGAUUGAUGUUUCCCCGCUUGGCCGAUGUGGCCAUCAGCCCUGAGACGAUCCUUGAUCGCAUUAUCUGGCCCGUGGAGAAACCAAUGGAGGAGGAGGAGGAUGAGCCCUACUCCCUGGAAAUUAGAUGCACUGUAGCAGGAUACCUCUGCCAAUUCAUUGAGACAGCAUCACAAAAGUCUUUGAGGGCCCUGCUUCGGUUUUGGACAGGAUGGGAGGUCCCAACAGAGGAUCUCCACAUGGAGGUGGUCCAUGGAUCGCACCCUCGAUCUUCCACUUGUUUCCAGUCCCUGAAGUUGCCUGGAAACUAUGACAACUAUGCACUGUUCAGCUUGUCACUGGAGUCCUGCAUAUCCACCUGUGACACAGGUUUUGGUCUCGUUUAAG